UUGAUUUUAGGUACGAAAUCUGAUUCAAAUCCAAAUUCAGCGUCAAUAUCCUGUGUUCGUCAUUCUACAAACUUAUCAGAUAUAGCACUAUCGCGAUCAGAAGAUGAUAAGAUUACUGACAUGAAAGAUAAAAUGGCUAACUUGCAGCAAAAGAAUGAAGAAUUAACAAACGAAAUUUCAAAUUUGAAAUUACAAAAUGAAAAUUUAAGAAUGGAACUUGUUUCCUCACAACAGAAGUGGAUUAAAGAUAAAGAUGAUUUACUACAUAAAGUGAGACAAGAUGAAAAGAUUCGUAACGUCGAGCUCGAUGCUUUGCAACAAAAAUUUGCUAGCCGAAUGAGAAUUAUGGAAGAUACAAAUAAAUCAUUGCAUUCACAGUUAGUGCAAGCUCGACGAGAACGUGAUUAUCAUCGUGAGGCAUUGUAUGGAUUUGAAAAAAAAGUUUCCGAGGAACAACGACGUGACGAAAGUGAUCAGAGGGAACUGGAAAGCAAAUACGUAGAAAUGAGCAAACAAAUUCAAGAUUUAUCAGAAGAAGUGAUUAAACUAACUGCUGAUCUGAAGUUAUCAAAAGAGGCUCAUGAUGCUGAUCGAUCUUUAUGGAAAGUUGAAAGGUCGAAUUUCAGACCAAAUAGAUCAGCAACUUUAGCUGUUGUCGACAGCAAAAGAUCAAAUAAUGAGCUGCAGAUAACAGAAAGUGCUUUAAAAGCAGCGGAAACAGUACAGAAAAAAUACGCAGAAUAUGAAAAGUUUUAUGCCAAAGAAGUAGAAAGGUUGAAUAGGAAAAUUAAAGACUUAUCAAACGAUAUUCUUUCUAAACGACAAGAAUCCGAAAAAACAAUCAAAGAUUUACGAGAACAGAUUAAAGUUUUGGAAAUAAGUCAACGAAAUUUGAUGGAAGCUCGAGAUAUGCAAUCAGGUGCUAAAGAGUUUUUAGAAACUGAACUUGAAAAAUUGCAAGAAAUGAUAAACUUAAAUGAAGUACAUCGCUUGACUAGAAAAUACAAAAUCUCAUCAAUUAUAGAACAGCUGCAAUUACUCACAGAAUCUUUGCGUAGAAUACCAAAGACUGAUAGAGAUACCAUAUCAAAAACUGAUAAAGAUGUCGUUGAUGUAAUCAAAACUGCUAUACUUCAACUAAAAAAUAUGAAGGAAGAAGAAUAUCAAUUACUUACAAUUAGGUUAGUUCUUUUAUGA